GCGUGUAUUCGAGCUUCGUGUGCGUGAGAGAACUUGCGGGAUUUGGAAGAACUUCAGCGGUGCGGAAGAAAGGGAUUAUUAAAGCAAAAAAAAAAAAAGAGAUUUUUUUAAGAGCGCAAAAAAAAAAAAAAGUCCGGAAUAGAGAAGCUAUUGAAAAGCUGGAAAUGUCCUAUCCCUGCUGCAUCUUGGUUGGGUACCUGUUCCUAGUCCUGCUCUUGCAUGGGCUGGGAGAAGGUUCUGCACUUCAUGACAGCAGGACUCAUCCUCAAACAUUAGAAAAGAACGUGUGGCGAACUUUCAAGGAAUCACAGUGUCAUCACAUGCUGAAACAUCUUCACAAUGGAGCUCGGAUUACUGUACAGAUGCCACCCAUGAUUGAGGGACAUUGGGUCUCAACGGGUUGUGAAGUUAGAGCAGGCCCAGAGUUCAUCACAAGAUCCUACAGAUUCUACCAUAACAAUACAUUUAAAGCUUAUCAGUUUUACUAUGGAAGCAAUCGGUGUACAACCCCAAUCUAUACCUUGGUUAUCCGUGGUAAAGUCCGCCUUCGUCAAGCAUCCUGGAUUAUCCGAGGAGGGACCGAAGCAGAUUAUCAAUUGCAUAACAUUCAGAUCAUCUGCCACAAUGAGGCAGAAGCCGAUAAACUAUAUCAGUUGGUGAAUCGUACAUGUCCUGGAUUUGUAGCAGGAGAUAAACCUUGGGAACAGAAUGUGAGCUAUGAUUUAUGGAGAGAAGAGAAUGGCUAUGAGUGCACAAAGGCACUGAAUUUUGCUAUGCAUGAACUUCAACUGAUUCGAGUAGAGAAACAAUACCUUCAUCAUAAUUUAGAUCACUUAGUAGAAGAACUGUUUCUUGGAGACAUCCACACAGACCCUGCUCAAAGGAUGUAUUAUCGCCCAUCCAGUUAUCAACCUCCACUCCAAAAUGCCAAGAACCAUGACCAUUCGUGUAUAGCGUGUAGGAUCAUCUAUCGAUCAGAUGAACACCAUCCUCCAAUUUUGCCUCCAAAGGCGGAUUUGACUAUUGGAUUACAUGGGGAAUGGGUGAGCCAGCGCUGUGAAGUACGUCCUGAAGUGCUCUUUCUUACUAGACAUUUCGUUUUCCAUGACAACAAUAAUACCUGGGAAGGUCACUACUAUCAUUAUUCUGAUCCAAUCUGCAAGCAUCCCACCUUCACUAUUUAUGCAAAAGGCCGUUACAGCAGGGGUGUACAUUCAACCAAAGUGAUGGGAGGAACAGAAUUUGUCUUUAAAGUGAACCAUAUGAAAGUUACUCCAAUGGAUAUAGCUACAGCCUCUCUACUGAAUGUUUUCAAUGGAAAUGAAUGUGGAGCAGAAGGAUCCUGGCAAGUUGGGGUGCAGCAAGAUGUGACUCACACAAAUGGAUGUAUUGCUUUGGGAAUCCGUCUGCCUCACACAGAAUACGAGAUCUUCAAAAUGGAGCAGGAUGCCAGGGGGAGAUACUUGCUGUAUAACGGCCAGAGGCCUAGUGAUGGAUCCAGCCCAGACAAACCAGAAAAAAGAGCAACCUCUUACCAAAUGCCCUUAAUCCAGUGUACAUCAGCAGCCCCAAGAAUAGAAGGAACAUUAGAAGAAAACAUUCUAGGAUGGUAUAAUAAUGGAGCAUCAGCAAGCAAUUCCUGUGCAUUUGUGCUAGCCACAAUAGUUGCUAUUUAUACUGUGCCUCACUUGGACCUUCUCAGCUAGAACAUUUUGAAAUUUCUCAGAUCAGGGCAAUAUAAGAAUUGGGAUUCAUGAGACUGGCAAAGGGCAUUUUUAAGACAAGAAUAAUUAUUUUCUUGAUGCACUUGAAUGCCUAAGAAUUUUUAUUAUUUUCUCAUGCUUUCCUGUAUUUGAAUCAUGAACAGCACUCAUUUCUUUGAGCUUCACCCAGUCUGAUCUACGGUUUGACAUGACUGCACAAUAGUAAUUGCACUUUAAGACUGCAGUUUCUUUAUUUCAUGUUAAAAACUCUGUUACAACUAACCAGAACAUAUUCUGCAACCUUUCUUCCAUCAGCUUUGCUGUUGCAGUCCAUUGAAUUAAAAAAUAUUUUUUCACUGAAUUUAAUUAACAGAUAUACUUUUAUAGUGCCAAUAUUAGAAAACUGCAACUUUCUUAAGCUACAGUGUACAUAUGUAUAUACAAAAAAAUCAAACCAUGGAUGUAUCUAAAUAUACUUUUAUAGAUUUUACAUAUUAAAUGCUUAGAAUAAAAAAACUGGAUAAAUAUAAAAUCUUCAAAAAUUAAAAAUGUAUAAAGAUUUUGUGAAAUUAAAUUCAAUGAUGCAGAAUAACACAUGACACGUUUUAUAUUGUUGCUCAAUAUAUGAUAAUUUAAUGUUUUUCUGAUUUCCAAUAACUUGUAAUUAAAAUUGUAAAGUAAAAUGGGGGAGUAAAGAUUACAAGACUUCUCUGUUAACAGCAAAAGUAUUUUUAAAAUAUAUUUUCAUGAAAGAAAUGUUGUCAUGUUCAUUGCACGUACCUUGAAUCUCAUUUUAUUAAAGUGGGAAAUUAAUUAAAACAGGGCUAAAUCCUAACGUCAUUCUUUACAAGGAAACUUUUAAAACUAAGAACAUGUAGCAAUUUGUUAAAGAACAGAGAUUUAUAAGCAACUUAAGUCAAAUUGCAAAUUUACGUUGGUUGAGAAAAGUAGAGGCAUUUUGGAUGAAGAGUAACUCCAUCUUUAUUAGUAAUGGGAAAUAAUACACUACAAAUAUGUAUCAUCAUUCUUUUUCUUUAGAUUCACAGCUCCUUAUCAAAUAUAACAAAUCCAGAAAACACAGUAUUCUCCAGAUCGUUUUUUUUCUACAGGUGUGUAUUUGUGUGUACUUAUGCACUCACAAAUGCCUAUAAGGUUGUCAUCUUCUAGUAUGCAUGCCAACUACCACUGUGCAUAGAAAUAGCAAUGAAACAGAGCAUAUGGAUAAGCUGAACCACCAUUAUAAUCACAAAAUAUAACAAAUAGCUCUCUUACAUCUUAUAAAAAAGAGUGUAGUAUAUAGAUUAUGAUUUAGCCAUUUUGUAACUUUCUUAAUUUUAGAAGUCUAAUUGGAAUUAAAAAUACAAGAAAAAGUUAAAGUGAAGCUUAUCCUUUGAAAUUAAACUUUUUAAUAUGUCAUGUUUAACAUUGUAGCUUAUAAUUUAUUCCCUUUUUAAUAAAAUGUAUUAUUGAAAG